AUGGCUUCCAAGGCCAUGUGGGAAGUGGACCCGGAGACAAGGAGCAAGCUUGCGCAACUUGGUAAGAAGGAGGGCGCGGGGAACGACAGGUGCUGCGACUGCGGUGCCCCGUCACCGCAAUGGGCCUCUCCUAAGUUCUCGACCUUCAUCUGCCUCCAAUGCGCCGGCAUCCACCGUGGCUUGGGCGUCCACGUCUCCUUCGUCCGGUCCGUCUCCAUGGACGCCUUCAAACAGAACGAGAUCCUCCGAAUGCAAUACGGCGGGAACAAGGCGUGGCAGGACUUCUACAACAAAAGUGCAGCUAUCCCCUUCGACGAGGCCACGAUCAAAGAACGCUACGACAGUGAGAUCGGUGAGGAGUGGAAAGAGCGUCUCAGUGCCCAGGUGGAAGAUAGAGAAUUUGACAAGGCCGCCUUCCUCAAGGACAGAGAGGCCGUGCUGCAGAAGCAGGCUAGUCGAUCAGCGACCCCGGCCGCGGGCGUGAGGAACAACAGUCUUGCCAGUGGCCCUGGUAGUCGAACAGCCUCUCCUGCGUCGGCCAAGAGCAGGAUUACAGCAGAGCAAAAGUCGCAGAACGAGGCCUAUUUCUCCAGGAUGGGUGAGGCGAAUGCCUCGAGGCCCGACCACCUGCCUCCCAGCCAAGGUGGAAAAUUCAGCGGAUUCGGCAGCGCGCCCCCGGAGCCGCAACAGUCCCAGAGUGGAAUACCUAGUGCGGAUGAGUUUACGAAGGACCCCGUGGGUGCGCUGACAAAGGGCUUUGGCUGGUUCAGCGCUGCAGUCGGCAAGCAGGCCAAGAUAGUAAGCGAGACUUACAUCCAACCUACGGCGAAAAACCUUGCCUCAUCAGACCUUGCGGCACAAGCCCGCAACGCUGCCCUUGUAGCAGGCUCGGGCAUCCAGAGCGGUGCAAAAGGGGCCGCCGAGUCGUUCAACAAGUUCAUUGAGGGCCAGGACGAGAGGGCCAGCGCCGUGGCAGCCUCGCGAAAGGCGGAGCCCGAGCGAAAGGACUUCUGGGACAGCUUUGGCGUGCCUUCAGAACCCCCCAAGUCUAGCAGCAGCAUUGGCACCAGUGCAAUGAAGAAGGCACCCCUCGCAAAUCCUCCGAAAAAGACGAAGGAGGAUGGCUGGGGUGACGACUGGUAG